AUGAAUAGAAGAUUUCGAUGUGGUCGCUUGGCCUUAACUAGAGAUGGUAUAAUAAAAAAGCUCUCACUUGAAGAAGGUGGUGGUUGUCGUUUUUGCAAAUGGGAUCCGAUCGAUAUGGAUUUUGAUAGUAUUCAUCGUAGUCUUCUUGACAUUUUUAAAUUAGAAGAAAGUCAAUUAAAAACAUCAUUAUAUGAUUUUCGACAGCAACCGUUAGAUAUAAAUCAAUACAACACUUUUCUCGAAUAUGUUAAUAAAAAUGGACUUAAUUGUCAUAGCACCAUCAUUUAUCUUUGCGCUCAUCAAGCUCAUGAUAAUGAUAAUCAAAUUAUGAUAUUGAAGAAAAAGAAAGAAACAUCUGUAAUUUCACCAUCAUCGUCAUCAUCAUCAAUAUCAAAUUCAUUAAAUCCACAACAAAAAAUAUCUAUUUUAGCAGAAGCUACAUCUUCAACAACAUCUAUUGAAAACAAACAUGUUGAUACAUAUGAAAAUGAGUGUGAUCAAGAACAAACUUAUCAAUCUUACUUAUAUUCAUUUGAAAAAUCCACUAAUGAUUUAGUCAAUAAUAUUCGAAUCUUCAUUAAUCAAUAUGGUUUUGAUCAAAUUUUGAUAGAACUAUUUGAAUAUAUUUGUAUAAUUCAGGGCUAUGUUCGUUCACUUAUUCAUCCAUUAAACCAAAAGAUACAAAAUUUUACUCAAAAUUUUCAAUUACACAAUCCAUCGGAAAUCAAAUUGUAUUCGCAAAAUUUAAAUCAAGUUUCUAAUAUUUGUCACUCAGUGGAAAAAUUAAUUGAAUCAAAUAAGACAAAACUUGAUCAUCUUCAACAAUUUUCAAUGAUUGCUAAUUUAUUCUCUGAAUUUUAUAAAAAUUUAAAGAUUCUAUACAAGAAAUGGUUUGAGAAUGUCGACAAAAACAACAACACAUCUAAUAGACAAUCAUCGUCAUUGAUUCAUCCAAUUGAACCCAUAUCAUCGACAUCGUUUCGUUCGAAUAUUGAAGUUUCAUCUGAAGAUCAUAAUGAGAUAAAUGUAAAAAAUUUCAAAGAACAAUUGCAAACAUCAUCAUCAUCAGAUACAUUUCAACCGAUAUCAUCAAUUCGAAAACCACUUCAUGAAUAUAAUAAAAAAUUUCUUUCAUUUCGACAAUUAUUCGCUUGCUUAAAUAAUUUAUUAUGGUCACUGAAUAACCAAAACUUGCCAUCCUAUCGUGAAAUGGUUGAAUUAACAAUCUCCCAAAUAGAAGAUCUACAAUCAAAUAUAGAUUUAUGCGAUCCUAGAUCAAUAUUUGAUGCAGAAAAACAGAUUUCCUUAAUAAAAACUGAAUAUAAUGAAAAAUUUAGUAGACCUUAUAUAAAACAACAUAAAUAUAAAAUUAGUCGUAAAGUUAAAGAAUCAUAUGCAUCUAUGAAGAAAACCAUUGGAUCUUUAUUGAGAUCACUUCAUCGUCAUCAAUUACAAAUGGAAAAAGAUAAUCUAAUCAAAGAAUCAAUCCGGUCGUCAACUAAUUCAUCUUGGAUUGCACAAAAUCAAAAUUAA